ACAGGGAGAGUCAGACGGAGGUAGAAAAGAGGGAGGGGGUUCUAGAGAGAGAGAGAGAGAGAGAGAGUCAAAAUGGUGCUUUUGUACUUAGUAGCAAGCCUUACUGGGGUUUCCACAUCUCUCUUGACUCGUGGACGCUGGUUGAUUGUCUCUCUCUCUCUCUCUCUCCCUUGCACGCACUUAUGCACACACAUCAGCAAAACCCAUUAAGCUUGAACGCUUUGACCCUUAUUCUAAAUGUGUGCCCUUGUGUCCUUUAAAUGUUGAUCAGAACAUGGAUGUGAAGGUUAGCCUUAUUUUUAAUGAUUUUGUUUUUUUAUGUAAAAUUGUUGUAUAUAGUAUAUUUUGGAUUAUUUGGAAUCAGAAGUGUUUAAUUUCUGUAUUGAUUUGGUGGGUUUUCAUCUGCAAAGAUGGUAAGUUAAAUAGUGGUGGUUGUUAAUUUGCCAUUAUUUUUUGCAGAAGAUUAUUGUUUUUUUGUGUGUGUGUGUGUGUAUGUGUGUGUUUUUUGUCUGGUGUUGAUUUACGGUACAAAUUUCAUUCAUGCUUGAACUUUGUUGGUGAUUUCGGAAUCUGGUGUGGUAUAAGCAUAGGAAGUCAUUACUCAACACAUAAAUUUAUUGAAUACCUGCUUUGUUUGCAUUGGUGUUAAUUGAUGUCAUUAGCAGUAGUAUGAAGUGAUUUCUUGAGCAAAGUUUCAGUCUGAUAGGUUUUGGCAGUUUCAAGAGACUCAUGUCUUGUGCUUUUGGUCUCCAAAUUUUUGGUGCAACGUUAAGAGUUCUUAUGUAAUUUUGAGGAUGAUUUUAGUCUGUUUGUCUCUCUGCUGCUAUUUUGUAAUGAUUUUCCGAUGCUGUUAUUAAGACGGAUACUCAAUGCAAGCUAUAGAUUUACUGUUUUGUUACACUAGCUGAAUUUUUUUAAUUUUUUUGUUAAUUCUUUUCUUUCUUCAUGCAGAUUUAGUAGCAAUUACUGGAUUCAGCUUGCCAAAAGCUGGUUGAAAUGAUUUCAUAUGGAUUGACUGGGAGUUUGAUCAACAAUCAAGGAGAUGCAGUUCAUUGAUUUCUUUUAAAAUCAAUUUAUUAGUGAAGAACUCUUGUAAUUUUUUACGACAUUAAUUUACAAUGUGGAAGACUUUCCUUUUGUGAUGUUACUUGUAUUGAGACUUUAGGGUAGAUGAAGUGGAAUUCAAUCAAUUGGUAGAGAUGUCACUUGGCCAAGAAAUUGAGUUGUGUAAUGAUGACUUUGAGGGAUCAGAUGAUGAGUGCCCUGUUUUCAGAGAGGCCGUCAUUGGUAGUGACACUGAUCACACUAGUAGGAGGUGCCUUGUUGCUGGAGCUACUAACUUUGAGUGUGAAUCUGGUAUGAACACAGACACGUCACUUUCUUCUAACAGUGAAAAAUCAGCUGUAACGAGGCAUUCUUCCACCAAAAAUAUACAUUCAGAGGAUAUUUAUAAUGUAUCUGAAGAUUGUAGAGACAACUUUGCUCCAGGGUGUCCUGUGGACGGAUUUACUUUGGUCAAGUGGAAUGAUGAGGAUGUGAGUGUGAAGCGAAUGAAGUUUUCAGUCAAUGAACAGCCUAAACAUAUACCUGGUUCAGGAAAGAUUCAGAGUUCAUCAGUGGUUCCAAGAGAAAUUGUUACAGACAUGUUCUGUCCAUCUAGAGACUCUGUUGGUGAAACAAUAACAGUCUGUGUAGUUGAAUCAUCAAGUCAUGGUGUCACAUCUAGUUGCCAUCUGUUGAGGCAAUAUUUAGAAAUUGACAGACUGGGUGUUGCGAGUAACAAAGAUGUUCUAAAGUGUCAAAUUCUGGGCAUAGAUGGGAAUGAUGGAAAAGAAGUGGUUUCUAGUGAAGCCAUCGCUUCACCUGUUUCCCAGGAAAGCUUUGCGACCAGUUUAUUGUUUUCAAGCCCAUCUGUCACCAUUGCAGAGCAGUCUGGAUCGCUACUUACUGAGGAAAGAACAAAGCUAUUGGAAUCUCCAAAAAUGGAUGGAUCGAAUUUGUAUCUGAAGACUGACCCCGUUAAGGAUCCUCGUCCUCUUCUCCAGUACUAUGUCAUUCACCUGCUUGAGGCAGCAGGAUGGCGUAUUGAGAGGCGUAAAAGACCCAGUAGGCGAUAUAUGGAGUCAGUCUAUCUAACACCAAAGGGAAAGCCGAUUCGUGAAUUCCCUAAAGUUUGGAGGUUAUGUGGCAAGCUUUUAUUCAAAGAUAGGUGUAUUUUUAUGCAGGAAGAUGAUGGUAAGGAAUGGGUUGAUUUUAGUCACUUCUAUUCAGAUCUUUCUGAUGUAUUGAUGAAUAUAGAAAGAGAGAUGAAUCAUUCAGAAACUACUAGCACAUUGGUUGAGAAGUGGAGGCUUUUAAAUCCCUUUGUGACUGUUGUGUUUAUUGAUAGAAAGAUUGGUGCAUUGAGAAAGGGGGAGGUAGUUAAAGUGACUAAACGUUUAGUGAUUGAUAAGAAGGAGAAAACUGAUGCUGUUUUGGUCUUGACAAGCAGUGUUGAACAUCAUUUUCCACAGAGACAGGUGUCAGCUGAAGAUGCAUUGACAGAGUUUAAGGGGAACUACCAUGCCUGCCAUAAAAAAGUCUCUGGGCAGAAAAAUAAUGGGGCUGUGGAAUUUCUGACAGGUGUAUCUGCUUAUGAGGCUGAUAGUACGUGUUUAGUGGAUACCAUUAAGGGGAUGGAAAAUCAAUGUAGUGGAAUAUCUGGGAACAAAAUAAGCAGUCUGGGUUUAACUUCUUUACAAGGUUGUGCAUCUGAUAGCACAUUUUUCCAUUUGGAUUGUUGUCUCUGCAAUGCUCUUGUUACUUCCAGAAACAGUAGUGAUGAGCUCGGAGGGUCUGGAGACAUUACCCCUCAUCCAGAUAGUAAUACAAAUUUGCCAAGCUCUGAUAAACAGGCUUCUGACCACAACAUGGACACACCUAAAGAAGUUGCAGAGUAUGUGCCAAUGCACUCUUUGGAGGAGAAAAAUAAAUGUCUAGUAGGCAAAAAUACUGAUAAGCUGGAAAGUCAUCUGCAGGGAUCAUUGGUUGACCAUCCAAACUGCACAAAUGAUCAUCUGUAUCAGUCACAGGACUCGGAGGCAGAUCAGCAAUCUGAACAUAGUGAACGUGAACACAAGAAGUGCUCUGAAGCUUCAAAGUUCAAAAUGGUGGAUACAUUUUCUUCAGUAGAUAUUAUUAGGAAAAGGAAGACACGCAGGAAGUCUAGAAAGAUCUCAGAAAUCAAACUGAGCACAUUAUACCAAAGUGACAUUGUAGGUACAACUUCUACCGACACGGUUGGCAUGCCCAAUAUCAAAGAACAUGGGACUCGGUCAGAGUUGAAAGAGGUCCAGGAGUUCCUCAUUGCAGUUACUCCUGCGAAUGCAAGAAAUAAAGGAAGUUGCAAUAACUCCUCAUCUUUAGGCUCUUGCCACCAUCAAAUCAAGAAAAAAUGCUCAAGGGUGAAGAAAAUGUGUCGUGAUCAUAAUAGUUCUAGAUCGGGAAAAAAGAAACCUUGCCAAAUUGAAGAUGAUGACCUAUUGGUUUCAGCCAUAAUAAAAAACAAGGAAUUCUGCCCAAGCACUGCUCAACAUUCUUCUAAAAAGAAAGCCUGCAAAUCAAGAGCUCUGAGAAAGCUUAAAAGCCAAAAGGGUUGUUGCAGGUUGCUUCCAAGAAGCAUGGGUAGUGGAGGGAAGCAGUUUGCGGAUGGAAAGUCGUAUUCUGCUGGAUCAAGAACAGUCUUAUCAUGGUUGAUCGAUGCUGGAGUCAUAUCUCUCAACGAUGUGAUCCAGUAUCGGAACUCCAAGGAUGAUUCUGUUAUUAAAGAUGGUCCCGUUACCAGGGAUGGUAUUAUUUGUAAAUGUUGCUGUAACGUGCUUACGAUCUCUGAGUUCAAGAUCCAUGCAGGUUUCAAACUGAACCGCCCCUGCUUGAAUCUAUUCAUUAAGUCUGGUAAGCCCUACACAUUAUGCCAGCUUCAAGCCUGGUCCGCUGAAUACAAGAUCAGGAAAAAUGGCACUCGGUUGGUGAAAGGGGAUGAGGAUGAUCAGAAUGAUGAUUCAUGUGGGUUGUGUGGUGAUGGAGGCGAGUUGAUAUGCUGUGAUUACUGCCCCUCUACUUUUCAUCAGGCUUGUUUGGCUACACAGGAGCUCCCUGAAGGCAGCUGGUACUGCCCGAGUUGCACCUGUCGGAUAUGUGGAGAAUUGGUUAAUGAUAAAGAGGCUUCAGGCUCUUCUGAUGCAUUAAAAUGCUCACAGUGUGAGCAUAAAUAUCAUGAGGCAUGCAUGAAAGGAAGGUUUGUAUAUGAGGGAGUAGUAGCGGACACUUGGUUUUGUAGUGGAAGCUGUCAGGAGGUGUACUCAGGUCUUCAGUCUCGUGUUGGGCUCAUCAAUCAUAUUGCUGAUGGUUUUUCAUGGAUACUCCUUAGAUGCAUUCAUGAUGACCAAAAGGUUCAUUCUGCCCAACGUUUUGCACUGAAGGCAGAAUGCAAUUCAAGAUUAGCUGUUGCUCUUACAAUUGUGGAGGAAUGCUUUCUGUCCAUGGUGGAUCCAAGGACAGGCAUAGAUAUGAUACCCCAAGUUUUGUACAAUUGGGCGUCAGAUUUUGCACGUCUAAAUUUUUAUGGGUUUUACUCAGUGGUCUUGGAGAAAGAUGAUGUGCUUAUUUCUGUAGCAUCCAUCAGGGUGCAUGGAACUACAGUUGCAGAGAUGCCUUUUAUUGCAACUUGCAGCCAAUACCGUCGCCAGGGAAUGUGCCGACGCCUUAUGGCUGCUAUUGAAGAGAUGCUAAUAUCUUUCAAGGUGGAAAAGCUUGUGAUAGCUGCCAUUCCAGAUGUAGUGGAGACAUGGACUGAGGGUUUUGGCUUCAAACUUUUGGAAGACAAUGAAAAGAAAAAUCUGAAUAAGAUCAACUUGAUGGUUUUUCCUGGGACAAUUUUUCUCAAAAAACACUUGUAUGAAAAUCGUAUGGCAGAUAGACAUUAUGGACCAGGUGACAAUUUACCCUCGGAUUAUAAAGUAGAUGCUUGUUCCAAAGGAGAGACCAUGACAGAGUCCCUACAGCAGUCUGAUGGUAACACCUGCACGAACCUAAUUAAUUCUGAAUCAAUAAUCCUCGACGACAGGUAUUCACAAGGAUGUAAAGGCGACAGUCAAGUGGCAAUCAUUGAUGGUGAUUUGGUAGAUUUGGUACAAGUAGAUAAAUUGUCAGUAGGAAUGGAAGAAUCAACCAAAGUAGUUGUCCAUUCCAGAGGAGAGGCAACAAUUGAAUCCAUAAACCAAGUUGGUGCUGAAAUAGACAUUGAACUUGUGGAAGGCUACAAUUUGCAGGAAUUCAAAGUUGUUGCCAAAGCAGAAGUCAAAUUGAUGCAGCAAUCUGAUGGAACCUGCUGCGCAAUUGAAGUUGGCAAUGAAAUAAAAAUUGGACUUUUGGAUGCAAAUCUGCAGGAAUCUGAAGAUGGUCACAAAAUGGAAAUCGCUCGCAGUGAGAAGCAAUCUGAUGGAAACUGUUGGGCAGAUGAAGGUGGUGCUGAAUGGGGUAUCAGGUAUACAGAAGGCCAUAAAAUGCAAAUAGGUGAAAACCAAGUAGGAACUUUGCAGGACCAAUUUUCAGAGCUGUCCUGUGGAGGGGUCCCAACAAUAUUAGAGGACAGCCAGCCUAAAAUAGUUUCUGGUAUUGUAUUCUCAGGAAUGUAUGAUGAAAAACAGAUUUCUUUGGACCUGCAGCAGCAGCAGCAGAAAAGUAUGAGUUGAAAGAAAAUUUGAAAUAAAUUAUAUGUUGGAAA